GGAGUACUUCGACCUCAUGCUGGACGUUCCGUUCCAGGAGAGACUCCACGUCGACGGUCUCGGCAUGGGGACGUACCGAGCCGACGACACGCUCGAGCCCGACGGACGAACCACCCGCGUCGCCUUCGCCGAACCCCGACUCAACCUCCCCGCCGUCCUCGCGAGACUCAUGGCCAAGGCGCAGGCGUACCACGAGCACACGCGCUACGAUCCGGUCACCCUGGAGAGGCACGUGCGCGUCGUCCCGGCGAUGGGCGCGGAGCACAUGGACUUCACCUUCACCGAGACGGUUCGUCCCGAUCGCGACGGCGUCGGCGGCUGCGUCGCCACCAGCGUCGUGCGCGUGCACUGCGACGGGGGAUGGCUCGGGCGCGUGUUGGAGAGGUUCAUAUGUUCGACGUCCAAGGUGAAGCUCGGGGAACGGGACGCGUACCUCAACGCGUACCUCGAGCGCGAGAUGGGAACGACGUACGCCAACGCGUCCGUGGUGGAGGUGAACCUCGGGGUGGCACUGACGAACAAGGCGGACUUUGCAAAGGCGCUGCUCUCGCACCCGCUGCCGCCGAGCACGUUCGAGCGGAGCGCGUGGGGGCGGGUGAAGUCCGCGUUGGGGGGCAGGUUCGGGCGUUAGUGGGUCGUUAACGAGUCGUUAAUGAGUCGUCGGUUGAGUCGCGGGAUACUCUCGACGUGAAGGGUCGAUGUCAUCAUCAUCGCUGCUAACACUUAGUCUUUUAAGAGUUAGCUCAGUUAAAUCUUCGGC